GCUCGAUCGAUAUCCGGGCGCGGGACGGUCACACUCACAGGUCGGCAUGUUGGUGAACCUUUCUUGUUUAGCUUAGAUUUCACGUUAUUCAUGUCAACGAGAGCUGCAAACAACUUCUCUAAUUGGUAGAAUGUGGACGGACAUUGCAUUCAUUCCCAUUCAGCCAUUGGACUGAACUUGUACUGUAACACAGUAUGGAUGGUCAAUAUGAAGCAAGCUUCAUCGAAUUCCUCCAAGAGCUCUGUACUCUGUUCUGAUAAUUUUGAAGAUGCUUGCUUUGACAGGACUGGGCAAACGAUUCGUCUAAGACAGGAUGCUGUCCCGACCACAUUUAAUUUGCCGCCUCGUCAUCAGAAGAUGGAGACCAGCAGCAUGGCAGCAGGAGCUAAUGUUGGUCGUGAUGAGGCAUAUACCACCAUCAACAAUGCUGCAAUUGCAGUCACCACCACCAAGUCUGCUUCUGUCACUGCCAUCACCAUUGCCACCGCCAUUACCAAGACCACUCCUGACACAAAGCCCCCAAGUCCUCAACUGACCAGAUAUUGCAGCUGGAGAAGGAUAUACCAGGAACUUCAAAGCCAGGGCUUGCCAGUCUCCUACAAUAAGAAAAAUGCCAUGGGCCCAUAUAAACUAGAAGUAGAAUAUUUGGCCACAGUUGUAGAAAUGCAGAGACUAACUUACUGCCACAGGUAA